AAUGGGCAAAAUGCUAAUGUUUUAUAUAUUUUAAAAAUAUUUUUUUAUUUGGGGGUGGGGGGCAAAGAUGCCCCCUUCAUAUCUUUUGAAACAGUUGCUUCGGGAUAAAACUUCCAAAUCCUUAAUCUAUUUACUUUUUCAGAAGUAUAAAAUUUAUACAGAAACAUGACGUUAUAAUUCCGGAUUCGUAACUCUAGACAAGACUGGACUUUGCCAUGUUUAUUCUGAUAUGAAGCCAAAAAAAACGAAGUUUAAAUAGAGUCCGAUUAAAGUAUUCAAAUAAACUUAAAGGUGAAAGCUGUAUUUCUCACAUUGAGCUGUACAAGGAAGUAACUUUGCGGGUGACUGGUUCAUUGUAUACGAAGUUACCACGAAGUGUUUUACAGUAACUAUGACGUUCCCUGUAGUCCUAAUUUCUCUUGGCACUUCCUUCAUUAUAUUUCUCCAUGGUGUUUGUUGUUUUUCAUAUUACUGUGACAACGGAUGGCUCCUGUAUCGUAACAGAUGCUAUAGGAGGUACAUGACUGAUAUUUCCUGGCAAGGUUCCCGCUCGGCUUGUCUGAAUUCUGGAGCCAUAUUGGCCAGUGUAACCGAUAGUGGAGUACAGAGUUUUCUGCAAAGUAACGUGAUCAGUGGUGAUGAUGCGUGGAUUGGUGGGACUGAUGGAGGAACCGAAGGAACAUGGGUUUGGGUGGAUACUGAAGAUCCGUUUACAUAUUCCAACUGGUAUCCGGGUGAACCAAAUAACAAAAACAAUGAGGAUUGCCUGCAGUUCUAUGGAACAAGUAGGAGAUUUAGAUGGAAUGAUCUCCCUUUUGGGCAUAACUUGAGAGGAUACAUUUGUAUGAAAGGAGCCAGUAUAAACCCUUCACUUCCUUCUAACUGUGCAUGCAAAGAGUCACACUGUGUCAUAGGCUCAAUUGUGAAAAAGAAAAAAUGUUUGAAGACGGAUGUUCUUUUUUUGAUUGAUGAUUCCAGCAGCGUGUUCGACGCUGGUUUCACGUACUCCAAGAAAGUUGCUGCAAAGCUCAUGGACUGCAUGACGAUUGGUCCUGAUGAAAUAAGAAUCGCACUUAUGACUUUCGGUUCAAGUACUUCAACCCAUUUUGGCUUUGACAGAUACAAUGAUAAACAAUCUAUUAAAUCAGCUAUUACAGGAGCAAGAUAUAGAGGUCAAACAAGAACUAAUAUUGGAAGUGCAUUGAGCUACGCUCAAAAUUUAAUGAAUUCAAAUCCAUCUGAUAGGUUAGACAUAAUUAUAGUAAUUACAGACGGGAAGUCCCAUGAUUCUGUAUACUCGCAAUCUUCUUCACUUCACCUAAAAGGUGUUUAUGUUUUUGCGAUGGGAAGUGGAGGAGAUGUCAAUUCAGCAAAUUUAGAGACAAUAGCAAGUAACCCUAACUCUGACUACCACGUGACAUCCAACGACUACUACGAUCUCCACAAGAAAGUCUCAAAAUUAAUCAAUGGCUUAUGUAUCGGUCAUAUAACUCCUGAUUUCAUGACUUGUGAAAUGGAAGUUAAAGAUAGUUAUGGAGAAAAGGCACAAUCCCCAACUAACGGGUCUUCUGACUGUGCAAACCAACUGGAUUUUUACGGGAAAUAUCAACCCGAAUUUAUACAUACACAUGUCAUGAUAGAUGGAAAACACAGAGGGUUUCGGUCAUCAAUUUCACCCACAGAAUUCCAUUUCGGGGUGUUACACGCCGAUAUUGCCUUAGUUAAACGAUCUAAAUCAGAUGCAGAUCAAACAAUCGGCAGAAGUUCAAUUAAAGAGUCCACUGAUUACCAGCCUUUAGUCUCAAAAGACAUCAACAUGACCAAUUCAGUUAUUUUCCAUGACAGCGAAAGGUUUUGCUUGAUAUUCAGAGCAAGUGUUGGAGGGUAUAUAACGCUUCAUACAGGGAAGUACACAUAUGGUACCACAGACGCUGAGAGAACAUUGUGUUACUUCUAUGACGAUAUACCCCCACGUCAUUGUGCGGACAUUGGUUCAUGCAGCUGUCCUCCGUUGCAAUUAUCUGACGAAAUCACCAAUAUGACGUCACUUAAUGUUUCAUUCGCAGGCUGGGAGGAUUUUGACUCCGUCUCAGCAAUUUCAAAAUUUGCUUCUGGAAUAGGUCAUUUUGAGAUUUCCCUGCAUGAAAUGGAGUACAGUAACAAAGUUCUGAAAAUGAAGCAUGCCUCAAAGAUUGCCAGAACUCGGUGUAACAACUGUUCCAAUUUUCUAAUAGAUCUUCCCCACACUCAAAAUCCUAUGCUUUACGGCGUUGUUGUCGAGGUCGUCGACGUAGCGCUCAAUCCAAAACAAGCCCGCAGGUUUUUUCUGUAUGAUGCGUCGUCCAGACUUGAAAUCCACGAGCAAAAUAAACUUCGGGUGACGUCAGCUUCGGAGAAGACAAAUUUUAUUUGGCAAAUUGAUCAUAGUAAACUCUGUUACAAUUGGACAAACAGGUUUUAUAACAAUAAGUUUAUACAUUACAAUCCCUUGAGUCCUAUUGAUCCAGGAGUUCAUGGUCAUUUUACAGGCAUAUACGAACAAACAAAUGGGUUAUUCAAUGUUUCAGGAACAACUAAUAUUAACGGAAUUACUAAAUUUCAUUUCGACAUCAAGAAGGAUUUGACCCCUGUGAUGAAUAACCAUAUUGUGCCAAACUUUCCCCAGCAGAGCAUGUGCGUCGACAUUCCAGGAAUGAGUGAUGGAAACACAAUAUCAUUCAAAAUCACUGCAUUUGACAUAACGGGACAUCAGCUAGAAGACGGCGUCGUUCAUUUCAUUGACGCAUCACCUCCGGAAAUAAAUGACGCAUGGCUGAUACGAGAUGGAAUGGAAGAGAUUUUCGUUCACAGUUUAAAAGAUCUUUCAAAAAUGGUAUUGAAGUUUGAGGCGUUUGAUGAACACAGUGGUUUAAAAAGUGUCCAAUGGUCUAUUAAGAAUAAAGAUGACCAAAUUGAAUUUGGACAUGGUGCUCUUGGCGUGUACUCAGUUUCGAGCUGCACUUCUGUUAUUGAUUGCUAUUGUCCUUCGGUGGGAGAAUGUCAACGUUUGAAUUAUACGCUCAUUAUGAACUCCUUAGUGGCUAACAAUUCUCACAUAGGGAAACAUCACAGAGAGUAUUCCAUUGAAAUAACAGUUACAAAUAAUGCUGCUUUACAGAGUAAAGAAACAGUAAUUAUACUCGUUGAUGAGUCAGCUCCAGAAACGGGAGUAGUGAAGGAGGGAGCUGCUGGAUCUCCCGAUAUUGAUUACACCUCUAGUCCACCCAUCAAAAUCAAUUGGGAGGGAUUCAUAGAUCACGAAAGUGGUAUUAAGUUUUACCGAAUAGGUCUUUCAAGCUCUUGUCUUAGAUUAGAAGACUUAUGGCAUCCCACGGGAUCGAGUAUAGAAUAUUAUGACACUGAAGAUAUGAGUAAGCAAGUGAUUUUAGAUAAAUCGGGUAAAACCUUCGCCUCAGUUAUUGCUUUCAACAAUGCAAUGGAGCCAUCUAAAGUGGUAUGCAGUGAUGGGGUACAGUUAGACAGAACUCCACCCGUUAUUUCGAACAUUUCAGUUCGUAAUAUGAUGGCUUCCUCCUCUCUAGGCUGCACGAACGGAAAGUAUUGGUUUAUUACUGAAAACCUAACGAGGGUUGCAAUAAUGUGUAAUAAAACAUGUUUGAAUGGAACCAACGAAAUCUUAUUAAAUGCUUUGCCAGUUUCCUCCACUAACAGCGUCCCAGAUGAUGCUUGCCUGCAAAAUGAUUUCAUGGGGGAAUAUCUAUAUCUUGGAAGUGAUUUCUUUGAUAUUUCCUGGAAUAUUACCGACAAAGAAAGCAACAUUGAAGACGUUUUUGUUGGAAUUGGAUCCUCGCUUUCUUCAGUGGCUGCUCCUGACGUCAGUGGCUACACAAAGACUCACCACAAUACUUUCUACCGCCUCAGGCAUUCUGGGAUAUCGGCCAAUUCUGUUAUUUAUAUUUUUAUCAAAGCAGUGAAUAAAGCAGGUAUGGAGUCUGUCAUUCCUGUGGGACCAAUCAUUGUGGAUGAAACACCUCCGAUGUGUUUAAAUAAACCAACAACAGAAGUAACAAAAACAGAUAUAACUGUAACAUGGUCUUCUGAUGAUUUCAUAGACAUCGAGCAAAGAGGGGCACUUCGAAAGAUUUACUACAGAAUUGUUUCUGGAGGCGCUACGAGGGUGACCAAUUUUAGAAAAUGGACAAAGACUGAUUAUUGUUCAAAAAAUCGAAAUUGCUUUACCUUUCCAGUAUCUGAACUGCAACACUAUGAUGGCGGAAGCAGCCGUCAAUAUCAGUUUGAAUUCCAUGUAUAUAAUACUGCUGGUCAUUAUUGUACAAUUUUCUCUGAGGAGUUUAGCAUUCCAUCAAAAUUUUAUCCCAUUCGUGGAAAAGUUUUUGACAUAGACCCAUCAACAAAUAUGAAUGAUGAACUGGCCGAUGUAGAUGUUUCUCUGACAUUAGAUAGGUACUGCUUGUAUUGGGAGAAUAUAGAUCAUGAAGAAUCACUCAUAUAUGAAGUAGGAAUUGGAAAUAGUAAAGAAGUUGCUGAUGUGGUUGCAAUGCAUGAAAUUAAUGGAUCAUCAACUACUGAACAAUCCAUCUUCUGUGAAUCCACCACAAAAUUAGCAAGGCAUACCAAGUAUUUCGUCAUUUUGAGGGUAUCAAGUUCACGAGGGACUAUUUCAAUGUCGACUGACGGCUUCAUUAUUAUUGAUGUGAAUGAGUUUCAAAACUUUCUGAAAGUAAAUGAUGGACCGGGAUGUUUAUUUUCAAAGCUUCUGUUUGAACAGAAUGUGAAUAUAGUUCCUCCAAACAGUACUGUUUCUUCUGUCAACGUGUCAUUUCCACUAACAAUAGGAACAACCUAUACAACUUUCAUUAACACAUCAUCUAUUAAUGUUACUAUUAACAGCGGUGGUGUUUUGUUCCUGAACAGGCGUAUAAAGUCAUUUUCUUUCAUUGCAUUGGAACAUCAUCCAGUCUUUGAAAUUAUUCCAAAUGAAAUAGGGGAUUCUAAACCUUUUACUUUUCGGACUUUCCGUUGUGAAGAAGAUGUAGAUGUGCAAGAUAUUUCAGCUGAAAUAGGAGCUAACUGGGAGGUUGAUGCUAGAGUUGAACGAUUCAUUAGUCAUUACCUGGUGUCACUUUUAUCGUGUGAGAACAUUCCCAAUUCCUCCUGUGAAGCCAUCAUUUCAAACUCCGUCGUAAAAAGGGCGUCAUAUACGUUUACUGACAUUUAUGAUUCUCUUCAACAAGGAUUUUACAAAGUUUUUAUAAAACCAUGUUUUGGAAAUAAAUGUUUCUCCGGAUUGUCGUCGGACGGAUUUUUCCUAGAAUCCUUUGGUCCGGACUUUGGAAGUUUGUCUGCUGAACUUACGGUGGAUAAUGGACAUUGCCUUAAACUUCAGUUGAAUUUUCAGUCCUUUCAAUGCGCUUUUCCAUUUGAAACUACCCCAAUGUUUUAUAGAUGGGCAGUAUUUAGCGAUGUUAUGGGGCAUAUGCAAUUGACUGAACAUCAAAUACAGCUCAACAACACCAGACAACAAACAGUAACGUCUUGUUUAAAGUUUCCUCAUAAGAGAAUGCAUACCUGUUUAGAAGGAUACUGUCGAUCAGGCCGGAUGUCAAAAACCUGCUCACAGAUCAAUGUACAACAAGAUCCAAACAGCUAUACCAAAACAACAGUCUAUGAUCUUGAUGCAAAGUCAGAUUUCUUUGUUGAAAUCGAAGCUUAUAAAUAUACAACAAACAUUGGACGAAAAUUAGAGGAUUUGCAUUCUUAUGAAAUUGAUUUUAAAUCGGACUUUUUUGUUUUAGGGGGGUUUGUGAUCGGUAUAGGAGAUGCAGAAAUUCUUUGGAGUGUAAUGAAAUCUCCCCGUAUACCACUGCGGUGCGAAGACGAUCCCGAGUGUAUAUAUUCUAAAUCAGGAAGAGGGGGACUGAUAGCUUUCUCCUCAAAAGUGCCACUGAAAAGCAAUGUUAUAUAUUAUAUUUGUGUUAAUGAUUCAGCUAACUUUAUCGUAAAUCGAUGUAGCAAUGGAUUUGUAAUUGAUUUAGCACCACCUCCAAUGGGAAAAGUUAAACUUCAUACCAAGAAAGAAGGUUUUAUAACUGAUGACAGUAGUGUUAACGUAUAUUGGCAGGGAUUUGAAAACGAUGACUUUUACAGUAAAAUUGGAUAUCCAUCAAAUAUUAGGUUCUAUGAAGUCGCAAUAGGAACUGAAAGGGAGAAAGAAGACGUACUGCAAUUUAAAAAUGUACAGUUAACUUCUUCAAUUCUUCUUACAAACCUUUCCUUGGUAGGAGGGAUGUCUUAUUACUUUUCAGUUAAAGCUUGUGAUCAUGCCCUUAAUUGUAUUAUUGGAUCUUCUGAACCGUACAUUUACGACAAAACGUCACCUGAAAGGGGGACAAUUACUGUCGGACACUACCUGAAUCAUCGUGUGUACGUGGAUUCCAGUCUUCUCAUUGUCCACUGCACAGGCUUUAAAGACCCUGAGAGUGGUGUCAUGAAAUUUGAAAUUGGGAUCGGUAGCCAAAAUAAUUCGAGUGAUGUUAUAUCAAAUUCAGAAUUCUUUCAACCUCAUACAGAAAUUUUGACGAAAGGAUUACUGCAUGAUGGACAUAUGUAUUACGUUUUCGCCCAGGUGUGGAACCAUGCCGGUCUGUUCACGUCAGUAUCGUCUUUACCGAUCGUUGCCGAUAGUACCCCUCCAGAGCCUGGUGCUGUUAGAGAUGGGCCGUGGUUAAACCAUGUUGAUGAAGAUUAUACCACAUUCUCUACAAUAAGUUCCCACUGGACAGAGUUUGUAGAUGGACACUCUCCGAUAGAUUUCUAUAGGGUGGGACUUGGUACAAGACACGGAUUGACUGAUGUUGUCAGCUUUACAUUCAUCGGCAGACAAACAGAAUGGACUUGGAAGACGCAUCCUAUCCUUGGAAUAAGAUAUUUCACUACAGUUGAAGGCUGCAAUGCUGCAGGACUUUGUAGUCAGUCCUCUUCGAAUGGCGUUAUUGUUGAUUUUACUCCUCCAAUACCAGGCUAUGUUUCUGUGGGGCCCGAAAAUGUUAAAUAUAUAGCACACACAUCUUUCCUGUCUGUGGAAUGGGGUAACUUUGCAGACAUUCAGUCUGGUAUUUUACAGUACGACAUUUGCAUUGGAACAGACAAAAUGAACUGUAGUGUUAUAGGAUGGAGAAAUUAUAGACUGGAACAGUCUGUUUUGUUAUUGAACCUCUCGCUACCCAUUAACGUAGACUUAUUCAUAAUGGUGAAUGCCACCAAUAAGGCUGGUCUUUCAACAGUACAAACCUCCCACAGCUUUACUGUAGACAAUACACCUCCCGAGAUAACGCUGUCUCCAAGAUUUCUCUAUGGUGAGAAUGUUUCGUCCGUCAUCUACGAUUCCUCGGUGAUGCGAGUGAGAUGGGGAUUUACCGAUAAUGAAAGUCCGAUUAGAUCGUCUGUGCUUACCCUAAAGGUUCUUUCAGGAGGUCAUUUCGAGAUAGAAAAUGUCCUUGUGGAAGGAAAUGAAACUUUCGUAAAAUCACUUCCCUUGAAAAAAUGGUUGUCGGAUGGUGAUAGCUACUAUGUUGUCGUUACUGCCUGUAAUAUGGCCGGUCUUUGCACGUCAAGCAAGAGUGAAAUUGUCUUAUUUGAUGGGACUCCGCCAUCUCAUGGUCACGUGAUCAGUGUAGGAACCUGGUCUAAUUCUAACUCUACACUAACUUUAAAAUGGGCAAAUUAUAGUGAUCCGGAAUCUGGUAUUAAAUUGUAUUUUAUUACUGUUGGUGAGACAUAUAACGGUUUUGAACUUACCAUGGGAAGUGCUGCUUUCACACAUAUCGGCAAUGAAGGUUCUCUGCAACAAGGUGUUUUUAACUUGUCUCGCAAUCUUACGAACGGGGAAAAAAUUGUUAUGUCGAUUUGGGCAAUGAACAAUGCUAACUUAAAUAGUACAAUGAGGCGAGUGACAUUUGUUACAGUUUCUAAUGAUAAAAAUAAUACAAAUGGAGAUCUCUUUAUGGAGAGACAUUCUUGUGAAGUAUCAUAUUGUACCAAUGAUUGCACGUGUGCAGUACUUGGUGGAAAAUGUCUUGAGGUCGUUAACUCUCAAGACUGUAGACAACGAAACAUGUCCUAUUUAGCAGGUGAUGCCAAAGUUUCUCUCAAUAUUUGGGGAGGUUACUCGAAUCGUUGGACAACAUCAACACGCUGUCUUGGUGCAAACUGGUUCGUUGAAAAUAUAAAUGUUUCUAGAUUUGAAUGGAGCAUGGGAUUGUUGAAUAUGCCUCACGGUUUCGGGGUUUUCGAUAGAAUGGAAGAACAAGUUUGGCAUGACGUGAGCUUACAAACAAGGGUUGUUCAUUGUUUGAAACCGACCAGACAACUCGCCCAUGAACGAGAAUAUGUGGCUUACUUGAAAACAUGGAUUUCGAGCACUGACUUUAUACUGACUCAAUCAGAACAAAUACUUAUCGACGCCUCAGCACCCAGCGUCCGCAGAGGGAGGUUCAUCAUUGAUUCCGAUAAGGUCUGUUCCAGAGAUCAAGAGUUUACAAACACCAAAAACAUUAUUUCAUGUUGGAAGGACGUUUUUUCUGACCCUCAAAGUGGAAUUAGAGAAUAUAAAUUCAUGGUUGGUGUAACACCAGGAGGAUAUGAGAUUUUUGGAAUCAAAAGUGUUGGAUUAGCCAUUAAUUUUACAUGGACGUUUGCCAAUCUUGAACCUGGUGUUAAAUAUUAUGCCUCUGUUGAAGCUGUAAAUUUUGUCGGUUUAUCAACAGUUUUGACGUCAGAUGGCAUAACGAUCGACUUUUCUCCUCCAGAAUCCGGCAUAGUUUUUACCUCAAACUUUUUUCACGAUACAAAAUGGCUGUCGGAAACAUCGACAGUGAGCGCUUCUUGGGAAGGAUUUACCGAUUUUGAAUCUUCUAUAGAUCGAUAUGUUGUAUCACUUAAAGAUUCUAAUCAAAACGUUAUAAGAGAAGAGGAAGAAGUAGGAAUAUCAAAUAAGCACACUUUCACUGGCCUUUCUCUACUUCAUGGAAAGAGCUAUUUCGUGCUCGUGAGAGCAGUGGACGCAGCUGGACAUAGCAGUAACGUUUCUGUGUCCCCACCAGUGACUGUGGAUGUUUCAAAACCAAUUGGAGUAAGAUGCAAUACGUAUUCAGUUCAAAUCAACGCAACGGUAGAGAUAAGAGCGGGAGUAAAAGAAGAAUUAAUAAAGGCAUUUUCGUUCAAGCGAGAUACUUUGUACAAGGUUUUUGUCUCAGGAGAAAGAGAUAGUAAUAUGAAUUCUAUAAUUGUUGAAGUAUCUGGGACCUCUUUUGAUAUACCUUUCAGUCCAAACAUGAUGGACCUUGUGAUCAUGUCAAAGGUAGAGGAGACAGCCGGUGUAGCUGUUACAGUGAACUCUCUGAAACCUAGGAAUGUGACUUUAAACUUUGCUCUAUACGAGUGCAUGGAUGCGCAAACAAAUGCUUCUAACGCUAUUGUUUUUCGGCAAAUUUCUCCUAAUUUGCUCUCAGUUGCAGUAAAUGCCAUUGACCCUGAAAGUGAUUUAAAGGACAUACAAAUAUAUUUAGGAACAAAUUGGCAAGGAAGGCAGUUAAAAACAGUUAAAUCUCUUACUCCUUUCAGAUUUCAAAAUAUUCUUUUACCAAUAUCCCAUGGUACAAAAGUGUAUCCUUCUGCCCUUGUAGAAAACAAUGCUGGUCUUAAACAGUAUUUUAAGUCUGAUCCUAUUGUAUGGGAUCACACACCACCAGAUAUUUUGAUAAAAAAUGUUUCCGUUGAAUAUCAUGAUGUCAUUGGAAGGAUUAGAUCCAGCAUUAUCGUACACUGGGAAGUUACAGAGUAUGAGAGUGGCAUCCAAUACUGUCAAUGUGCUUUUGGCGAUAAAUUUGGUUUAAAAAAUUUACAGACUUGGAUGAAAUCACACAGCAAUUCUCUUUGUCGGUCCUCUCUGUUAGAAAUAACACAUGGCUCUCGUGUUUAUGCAUCAGCGCAAUGUUUUAACAAAGUUGGACUUCAAGCAGAAGUGAGCCGGAAAACACCCAUCGUGAUAUCCUUUGAUUCACCCCGAACUCCGACAGGACACGUCGAUUUCGUAGUGUAUAGUGCUACUGUCAAAAGUUCAAUAAAUUAUCAGCGGAUAUCUUCAUCUCUUCAUUUUCACUGGCCAGCAUUCCAAGACAUAUCUGGAAUCGCUAAAUACAGCGUGUGUAUUAAAUCGGAUGAAGUGAUGGUUUACGACUGGAGGGAUGUUGGGAGACACACCUACUUUUCUACUGACGAAUUGACACUAGAUCCACAUAAAAACUACAGUGUGUAUGUCUUUGGGACUAACAAAGGGGAAAAAGACAGUAACUUAAUAAACGGAUCAAUAUCUAUAAAUGAUGUCGUUCCUCUACAGACAGGAAAUCCCUGUGUUAUAUCUGGAAACAAUACAAGUCUGCUGGUUUCCUGGAAAGAAGUGUUCGAAUUGACCUCGGUCUUGGAGCCAAAGUUUGUCGUCAAUAUUGGCUCAAAAGUCGGAUAUUCUGAUCUGUUAAAUAAUUUUAAAACAAGCAACAAUGAAUAUCUUAUGUCCUCAAAUUCGAAGCAGUUCUAUGUCGUUAUAACGGCAAAGUAUGUAACUGGCUCUAAAUCUACGUACAGAGAAUUGAUCACAGCCAACUAUCAAUAAGGAAAGAAAAAUCUAAAUGAUCAACAUUAAAAUAAUUUUUGUUUAUAAGGCCCCAUUUCAUUGGUGAAGAUAUAUGGUGAAAUUUAUUCAAUUAAGAUUUAAAUUUAAUUUAAAUGGGUAAGAUACUUACCGUAGAUAAUUUUACUUCGCCUUUGUACAAUCGAAUUAAUACAGCACAUGUAUGAAACAAAGCAAAGCUUUGUUCAUAUAAUUGUUUAUACUCAUAUUGUCAAAAAAUACCUAUAGUUGGCUUGUUUUAAUUCUUUGCGGAAAAACUUCCUGAAAACAUUCAUUAGUGUAUGUCUGGCUUCAAUUUGAUCACAGUUUUCUAUUCAUUGAUUUUUUUUAUAGUUUUGAAAUAAAAAUACCAUGAAUUGUU